CAACCGGAAAAUAAUUACAUAACAUAAACACAAGCGACUGGCUGGCAUAAAAAGACAAGAUAUCACAUCUAACUUUAAAUAAAUUACUUUUAUAAUGUCGCUUUUGCGUUUAUGACUACCUAUAUGUUUAUCAUACUUUUUUCAAGACCGAUAUCUUGUUAGCUACAGCUGCUUGAUCAAUUUAUUACUUUUUUUGCUAGCUAACGUCAAGUUAUGCCUCAAGAGGUUCAAGAAGGAGCGGUUGUUCUCCCGUUGGUAAGGUCUCUGAAUAGUCGAAUACCGUCGUUUGCCGUGUUUUGUAAUCGGAGUCCUCGAAUCGUGCGACCAGUAUGGAUUAAUUUCCGCGGGGACCCUCAACCCUACGAUAUUUUACAGCCAGGAAAAGGAGUGAAAAUUUGCACCUUCGUAGGUAGGUAGGCUUGGCUAGCACCGUAAAUAAGCCACAGUGAGUAAGUGUCCCCCUGUAGCUCAGUUGGUAGAGCAUGGCGCUUGCAACGCCAGGGUUGUGGGUUCGUUUUCCACGGGGGGCCAGUAUGAAAAUGUAUGCACUCACUAACUGUAAGUUGCUCUGGAUAAGAGCGUCUGCUAAAUGACUAAAAUGUAAAAUGUGUAAGAUUUUCUGUUAAUUCAAGACUUUGUAAACAAUAGCUGUCAAUAACGCAAGUAUACAUUAAGGUAUCUGUAAUAGAAUAUACUUGUUAAUAAAGGAAUUUAUAUAGCUUCCAAAAUAUUGUUUUACAAUGGAGGAGUACCAAAAUGGUUGCGCGGAGGCUUCAAAACAGCGCCUCCUGUCAGUCUUCUUCUUCUUCUCUGGUAUUAUGUCGGUCCGCAAACAAACGUUAAAGGUGCAUGCCGCCACCUACUGUACGUGUAAUGAACGAAAAAAUAUAUAUAUUGCGGAAAAGGGAAAGAAAUAAUAUACAAUAUAAAUCAAAAACCCCAUCCCACUCCUUCAGUCAUAGUCCAAAUCACAUCCCUACACAUGAGGACGGAACAUUCGUUGACAGGUUUCCUUGUAAUGCCUCUGCUGUAAAAGCCCAUAGGCCCAAAAAACGUUCAGCCGCACUCACAACGAUGGCUUUUUUCUCAGAUCUCCUCUUUGUUUGCGUUGUGCAGUUUAUAACCAAUGCAAUAAACGAUACAAAGUCCACCUUUUUAACAUGCUACAUAUCAGAAUCCUGUUGGCGAGUAACAUUUACUGGUUUCUCUAAUCCAACUACCAUGUUUUUUUCAACGUUACUCCCUUUUCCACUCUUCUCAACGCCUCCAGAUCACACUGCAGGGGUUUGGACACAAAGGCUAUUAUAGGGUAUCUCACAUAACUCAAAUAUACAUGCGAAGGAAGAGACUUCUCCAAAUAACAAAAUAAUGGAUGGUGUGGGCUUCCUUACACCAACCACUGCAUCUACUUCUUCAGUUAUAUCCUUUGUACUCACUUCUAGCGCCACCCCAGAGAUAACCCCCUUGAUCUGCAAUGCAGAUUCACACACAACACAUUCCUAUCCGGUAUCUUUUUCAGUUGCAAAGAACGCUCCUAAUGCUCCUCAAAAAAAAAAAAGAAAGCCCACUUCUUGUUAUCCUCUCUGAUGCAACCUUAUCCAACGCAUCUAUAAUAUUCAUCAAGAUGUCAAACGGAUCUCCCAAAUAACGGCAACGGUCCAAAACCCUCAAUCCAACAAAAAAAGAGUCAGCGCAAGGCUUUACUAGAUUCCACAACCACUUCUCACGUUUCCCUUCUUGUUCGCCACUGCAGUCAAAUCCUUACUCUCAUCUCCACUUGACGUGCCAUCAGUUUCAAACAAAACAUCCGCCUCCACCAUCUUCUCCCGUCAGUCAUCUAGGGUUCUUCAACUAUGGUAUUGUGGCGGUCCACAAACAUUCGUCCACAUUAUUAUUUUUUUUUCAUUUUAGUAAUUUUUUUGCUGAUGCUCUAAUCCAGAGCAAUUUACAGUAGCAAUUAGGGUUAAGUGCCUUGCUCAAGGGCACAUCAACAGAUUUUUCACAUAGUCGGCUUGGGAAUGCGAACCAGCGACCUUUCGGUUACUGGCCCAACUCUGUUAACUGCUAGGCGACCUACUGUGUGGGCUGUGACCGCAUACUCUUAUGGAGUGUAAAUUCAUUACACUUUGUGACACAAAAAGGGGAAAAGGGAAGAAAAAUUGCCUUACCAACUAACCCUACACCCAUUAAAACCUCACCACUUCCACUACUUGGCCCUAUCUGAUCCUACACCAGGCUGGCAGCCUGGGAGGACGGGACAUUAUCGUUCAGCACACAUUGUAACUCUUCUGCAGUAAAAUCUCGUACAUCCAAGUACUUUUCUGCAGCUGCCACCACUACAUCUAUUUUCUGUGAUUUACAUUCCAUUUCUGCAGUACAGUUGAUAACCAUGGUUAUGAACGCUAAGCCAACCUUACUAAAGCACGUUAUUCCUAUCACUCUUAAUUGGCCUCGGCCUACUCACAGGGAGCCUUCAUCUAGGCUUAAUACAUAUCAUUGGUUUAAUCCAGACGCUCUGUCUAAACGCAAAUACACCUCACUUUUGAUACGGUUUUGGAAACCUUUGGAACUUAACUUUCAUAUAAGCUAGAAAGACUCUUUCAAAAAAUAUAUAUAUACUUACUGUGCGCAGUUUAGCAAAGUUGUGCCCGGUUGUUUUCACACAAGCAUUACAGAUAUGCAUUUAUUUGUUUGUCAUGCUGUAUUUGCUCUUCUUGGUGUUUAUCUAUCGUCUUUCUGCCUUUCCAUGUUCUUAUUCUAUUAGGUCAUCCCUGGAUGUUCAGAGAUGCAGAGACAGACGAAGCGCUCAAGGCGAAUAGUAAAGAGAUGUUCCUGCCCAAACCAGUGGAGAAUGGACAGGCUGUCCAGGUUAACAUCACAUUACCAGGUUAGAGAGGAACAUCAGAUUUUGGUUCUCCUUUGAACUGUACAGAUCAUCUGUACACUGAUAAUAGUGUUGCCUCCCUGUAUGUGGGCAUCUCUGCUAAGAGGUUUGGACCUUUAUGACACUUUAGUGCAAUUGUACUCCCUGUGUAACAGCAGAGUCACUGGUGAUUAUGACUGGAAGAUCAUUGUUCUGUGUUUUGAUCAGCACACGUUACUACUACUACUACUACUACUACUCUGCACUACACAUAAGGAAUAUUAUUCUUUAAUCUAAUAACUAUGUCAUGUAUGUGUGUUCUCCCCUCAGUCUUCAGCUUGAAGGAGCGUGCCCUCCAGGUAGUGCGGUGCCUGGUCCGUCCAGAGGACUACAGGAGGCUGGAGAUUGCCCGGUGUCUCCAUGAGGAGCUGGAGGACCGUCCCAGCGUGCUGAAGGACCUGAUGCGCAUCUCUCAACGCGUGGAACAGCGCCUCCUAGAAGACAGGCAGCAACCCUAGGAGGCAUGGGGAGCGACAGAGUAGGAGUGCUGAUUAUAGAUAUCGCUAAAUGGCUCUGAUUCUGCUGUUGAUUGUUCUGAAUCUAUCCACAUAAUAAGAUAACACAAUUUAAGAUGGUCUGAUUGGACACUGGGAGGUCAGGGUUGAAUUCACUGCUGUAGCGACUACCGAGGGUCUUCUCCAUUUAUUUAUUUUUAGCAAUUGCUUAAUAUGUACUUCGUAGCUUAUAUGUCUCUGCAUUCAAUGAGAAAAACAUUUGUAAACCAAUUCAGUGGCCUGACGUUAGAGCAGGGAUAAAAUCAAAUCAAAUUGUAUUGGCC